AUGUCAAUCCCCCACUCAAGCCUCCAAAAGAUCCCCCUCUCAUACGCUUCCUGCUCAAUCGGCUGCAGCCCAAACCACACACUCCCGCGCCGCCUUGAAGCAAUCGCCGAGGCUGGCUUCAGCGCAAUCGAGCUCUCCUUCCCGGACAUCUUAGAGUAUGGCGCACAAAUCACCGGCAAUCCAAUCGCGCCAGACAACUACGUUGCGAUUAUGCCUGUGGCAGAGGAGAUCCGCAAACUAUGCGAAGAAAACGGGUUGAAAAUCAUGAUGCUGCAGCCAUUCUCAAACUUCGAAGGCUGGGUUAAGGGCUCUGUGGAUCGCGAAGAGGCAUAUGCUAGAGCGAUAGGCUGGAUGGAGGUUAUGAAUGUUGUGGGCACGGAUUUGUUGCAGGUUGGAGCAACAGACACACCGGAACCCUUGAUCAAAAAAGAACGCGAUGUGAUCAUCUCCGACUUACGCGCUUUAUCCGACAUCCUCGCAAAACGUAACUACCGCCUCGCUUACGAGAACUGGUGCUGGUCGACCCAUGCGCCCGGGUGGAAGGAAGUCUGGGAGAUAGUGAAAGCUGUAGAUCGCCCGAAUUGCGGGUUGUGUUUGGACACGUUCCAGACUGCAGGCAAUGAAUGGGGUGAUCCGACUACCGAGUCUGGUCUGAUUGAAUCAGUCUCGCAGUCCGAGGUACAGAAGCGAUUUGAGGCGAGCAUGGAUGAGCUUGCGAACUCUAUCCCCAGUGAUAAGAUCUAUCUGCUGCAAAUCUCGGAUGCAUAUAAGGUGUCGCCGCCGUUGGAGGACAAGACCAUAGGUGGGCUGAGGGCGAGGGGUCGCUGGAGUCAUGAUUAUAGGCCUAUGCCGUAUGACGGCGGAUAUUUGCCUAUUGAGGAUGUUGCAAGGGCUGUGCUGAAAACGGGGUUCCGGGGUUGGUUGUCGAUGGAGAUUUUUGAUAGUGGCCCGCAGGGAACUGGGAAGAAGUAUGAGAUGGGGUCUUUUGCGGCGAAGGCUAUGGAUAGUAUGCAGAAGUUUUUGAAGAAUUGUGCGACGGAUUGA